CUUAUACCCAAAUUACUCGCCCGAACACGAUUCAUUCUGAGCUCUAUAUCUGUUUUUGAAAAGGAUCGAUUUCACAAAUUCAAGAUUCAGUUUCCGACAUAGGGACGCAACGACUCUGGGAGCUCAACUCAAGACAUUUCAGAUUUUUAAGGUUUGGAAUAAGGACGUGCUUAUUUUUUGUUCAUAUAUCUGCAUUCUUUAGCUUUUCUGUGGAAAUGUCGGCUUCGCCCAAAGAUGAUUCAAUUCACAUCCGAGAAGUUUGGAACGAUAACCUAGAGGAAGAGUUUGCUUUGAUCCGUGAAAUUAUUGAUACGCACAAUUAUGUGGCUAUGGAUACCGAGUUCCCGGGUGUAGUUCUACGCCCUGUUGGAACUUUCAAGAACAUUAAUGAUUAUAACUACCAGACUUUGAAAGAUAACGUGGAUAUGCUGAAAUUGAUCCAAUUGGGUCUGACCUUUUCAGACGAGAAUGGGAACCUUCCCACUUGUGGAACCGACAGUUUGUGCAUUUGGCAAUUCAAUUUCCGAGAAUUUAAAUUAAACGAAGAUAUCUUUGCUAUUGAUUCGAUCGAGUUGUUGCACCAGUGUGGGAUUGAUUUUAAGAAGAAUAAUGAGAAGGGUAUUGAUGUGAGGCGGUUCGGUGAGCUUUUGAUGUCGUCUGGGAUCGUGCUGAAUGAUGGUGUGCAUUGGGUUACCUUUCAUAGUGGAUAUGACUUCGGAUACUUGCUUAAGCUUCUGACCUGCAGGAGUUUGCCCGAUACUCAAGCGGGGUUUCUUGAUCUGAUCAAUAUAUAUUUUCCCAUGGUGUACGAUAUCAAGCAUAUGAUGAAGUUUUGUAAUAGCCUUCAUGGUGGUUUGAACAAGCUCGCAGAGUUGUUAGAAGUGGAAAGAGUUGGUGUGUGUCAUCAAGCUGGGUCGGAUAGUUUGCUCACGUCAUGCACAUUUAGGAAGUUGAGAGAGAACUUCUUCAAUGGCUCGACAGAGAAAUAUGCAGGUGUACUGUAUGGCAUAGGAGUAGAGAGUGGACAGAGUACUAAUUAGAAGAAAA